AUGAACCCAGAUGUAUAUGACAGUAAGGAGUGUGCUUGUAACGAGUGGGAGAGUGAGGAAUGUGAGAGGAAGGGAGUACAUCAGCGCGAGGUGUGCCCCAAGAUUGUGACUGUAGCGAGAAUGUGCAAUCUCAACCGCUUUCUUCCUGUCUGGGCAGUGUACCGGGUGAACGUGCAUCUGAUGGGCGCCAAGGACGCCAUAAAAAACUCCUUCACUGUUGACGACAAUGUCCGCACGUGGGCGCUACUAGAGGGCACGGAGGACAGGGUGGCAUGGGCGCUAGAGGCUGUUGGGCUGAAGCAUCUAUCGAGGGAGCCAGCCAGCAUUCUCAGCAUGGGACAGCACAAGCGCCUGCAGCUAGCUCGUCUCUUGGCCAUCCCGCGUUCCCUCUGGUUAUUGGACAAGGCCUCCGUCGGGCUGGACCUGGCUGGCGUUGAGCUGCUGGAGGGGAUGAUAGAGGAGCUCAGGGCCUUUAGUCCCCUCUUUUCCCCUCACUCCCCCGCCAUUCCCCCGCCAUUCCCCCCACCUUCACCAGCGCAAGCGCCUUCAACUGGCUCGGCUGCUCGCCAUCCCCCGCUCAUUGUGGCUAUUAGACGAGCCAUCCGUGGGGCUGGACCUGGCUGGCGUUGA